AUGAAUAAUCACAACAUUUUUCAAUUAAUAAAAUAUCUUUUGAUUUUUUAUUUCAGAUCAUCAGCACGUACAAACCUUCAAUCACUCACCAUCCCAUACAUUCAAAAUCUUCGUGGAAAUAUCGAAAUUCAAAGCAAUCCCGUUCUCACUAACAUUUCAUGCCCAUACUUGAAAAACGCCACGAAUAUCGUCGUGAACAAUAACCACGAUUUACAAUCGGUGCAAUUUCCAUCGCUAAUCGCCGCUUCAUCAUUUAAUCUGAAUAAUUCACCGUUAUUGGGUUCGUUAUUCUUUCCGGCUCGCUUGACUCAUGUCAAUAAUAUUGAAGUGACAAAUACCGGAAUCAGAAAUCUGGAUGGGGUUGAUGAAAUCGCGAUUAAGAGUUUGACGCUGGAGAACAAUGCAAAUUUGAGACAAGCGAAUUUUCCGGCAUUGAGAAAAGUUAACGCGGUUAAUGUUUCUGGAAAUCGAGCAAAAACUUUUCUAUUUUUGGCUCAAAAUUUGGUUGAAAUCGGACAAGCGACAAUCCGAAAUACAGCAUCCAUGGAUUUUGCGCAUUUAACCAAAGUCAGCUCGAAUAUGAAACUAGAACACAACAAUUUCGAAUCGCUUUCAAUUCCAAAUCUCGAAACGAUUGGUGGCACUUUAAAUAUUGCGUCAAAUAACCAACUUAGAUCAAUCUCAUUGCCAAAGCUCAACGAACUUGGUUCCUUAGUAAUAACCGAAAAUCCACAUAUCACCAAAAUCGAUGGUUUUCAAAAUCUUGAACGCGUUCAUAAGAUAAUUGACAUUACUGGCAAUUACUCAAUCGUAUCUUUUCCGUUGCUGAAAAACGUUGAUGGUGGAUUCAAUAGUCAAUCAAGAUCUGCCGAUUUUGAUUGCAAUAGUUUGAACGCGUUACGAGAAGGUAACAUUGUGGAUGAAAAGAAAUUUUAUUGUCAGUCUGGAGUUUAUAAUCCGAAACCGAGACCAGAGUUUAUACAGGAUAUCUUGGAGAAAGAACCUUCUUCGAAUUUUGCAAAGACUAAAGUUGAUGAUCUUAGUGAUGAUCGUGAUAAAAGUAACAGUGCAUCCAUUAAUACACUAGCAAACAUUGCUGCAAAGGAGUUGAAUGCAUCUGAAAUUCUGUUAUGUUGUUCU